AUGACCUUCAAGAUACGCAACGAGGACGAGUCUAUCGAGAACCAGCUCAACUCAACAUGGAAUACCUACUCCAAUCUGGUGGUCAACUGGACACUCAACUUCGGCACCGAUCUGCUGCUAUUCGGCCUUCCAUUCUUCAUCUUCAACUGCUUGAAGCUGCGUAGAAGACAAAAGGUCGGCCUGGUCGGAAUCUUCUCUCUAGGCGCCAUCACGAUGGCAAUCAGUCUCGCCCGUUUCAUCGUCUACAACAUGGACUACGACAUCGCCGACGCCGACGGCAACCUUUGGUGCACGGCCGAAAUGUGCACAGCCGUCAUCGUCGUCUCGCUCCCGUCCUUGAAGGCACUCAUCAUCAAACCCACACCCGCUACCUCAUCCAACCGCAGCAACUCAGGCUAUUUGCAAGCUGGCUCCGGCAAAACGAUCGGUAGCAAAGGUAUCAACUUCAACGGGCACAGCUCGAAUAUUCAGGGCGGCACUAUGGACGAUGAAAUGGAGUUGACUUUUCUGGACCGAAAGGCUAGCCCUACACCAACUGGAACCACUGAUGGGUCACGCUUGCAAGAUGGGAAAGAUAAUGUGAUGGUGACUACAGAUUUCGAGGUCACUAGUACGAGGAAUGUGUUUUAG